AUGUCGGCAGAGGCCAGCCAGGAGGCCCUGGGGUCGGCCCCGUCGGCGGAGCACCCCAAGGACGAGUUCGUCGAGACGCAGGAGCCCGACCUGGCGCCGCUGCUCGAGCCCGAGAGGAAGCGGGGCGAACGCUACUACACCCCGGAAGAGGUGGCCCGGCACAACCACCCGGACGACUGCUGGGUGUCGAUCCGCGGGCGCGUCCUGAACGUCACGCGGCUGGUCCAGCUGCGCGACGGCCCGCUCGCGGAGCCGAUCCUGCGCGCGGCCGGCACGGACAUUUCGCACUGGUUUGACAAGCGGGGGCGCGUGCGGACGUUCGUGCACCCGGUGUCCAACCUGCGCGUGCCGUACCACCCGCAGGGGCGGUUCCUCGACGUGAACUCGGGGCACUUCCCGCGCACGGACUUCAACUGCGACGCCGCGCAGGACGCGCCGUGGUGGAUCGACCCCGAGUGGCACGUGGGCUUCCUCUCGGAGCGCCUCAUCCGCGUGCGCCUCAAGAACGUCCUCACGAGCCAGGAGCACGAGAUGUUCGUGCCCUGCGAGGAGACCCUCGCGCAGAUCCGCGAGCGCUACCUCCCCCGGAACUGGCACGCCGCCUCGUACCAGUGGAAGGCGCUGCUCACCCGCCACGGGCACGUGGACUUCUACCCGGUCGACAUGACGCAGACGCUCGAGGAGAACGGGGUGGUGGACGGCGCGCCGGAGUUCGACGCGCUGGACGUCCCGCGCGCCCUGCACUGCCCGGCCAUCCACCUGUACUGGGCGGACGACCUCACCGUGGCGUGA